GUUGCCUCAGUCUGCUUGGUUGCAAGCUUUGGCCAAGAGUGCAGAUGUGCACUGCUCUUGGGAGUUUCAACAGUUGGUGCAAGCCGAGAAAUACAAGCUUGUAGGCCUGAUGCAAGUGGAUGUUUCUCACGUUCGACCGUGGAAGGGUUCUCUCACAUCCUGGUCAAAGGAAGCCACGACAUUGCAUCAAUACUACCAACACCCUCUUGAUAGUUUUGUUGUCCAAGUCUCUUGCGCCUUCAAGCUAGACAGUCAGCAGUCCGUGUACCACAAGAUGGACCUCAGAUCAAGAGAGACUGCUGUCAACGGGAGUGCCCAGCUUGGGGUGGACAUUGCUUUAAUGCUGGUUAGACGUAAGCGCCUGCAGGAAAGCGGUGCUGGGGCACGAUAUGGUUGGGCAGAUAGCCUGGCCGACAGCGAGAAUCUUGAUCCUGCCAUUGCCGAGCGCAGUCAGGAUCGUGCCCUCUUCCAGCAUUUCAGUGGUAGUCUUUACGAGAAGCGUUGGGGCGCUGUUAUCAGUUUUUUGCGCAAGCUAUUUCCCUUGCUAGAUGCUCUCCAGAAAUAUUGGAACCAUGAAGCAUUCCUUGAGGGGUAUCGCCAAGAAGACCGAAACCAUGACAACCCUGAAGAAGGUCCAGGCUUCGGCUUCCUUGCGUCAGACCUCACCGCUGUGCUUUGCAGCAAUCAGUUCCAUGUGUACUUGGAAAUGGUGAUGGCCUUGUUCAAUGUAGUUGAAAACCUGUCUUCCUGGUUUGAGGGUUGCGCUUGUCACGAGCAGCAUGUCAAGGUCAGGAAUAGGCGGGCGCAUUCACGAAAGGAGGGUGCGCAGUUGGGCCUUCAGGUUUCAUGUCCUAUGAUGGGCAAACGAGCUCCCCAGCUCGCGUCUGGCUGCCUGCAGGAUACUUUCGAAGAGUUGUCCUCCUUACACAAGGCUUCCUUGUUGAAGCGCAUGUCCUCACGAAGUCUAAGCCCGCAGGAGGAAGCACUUGUCAUGCAGGACUUUGAAGCAGGCCGCAAUUAUAUUUCGCUGGGCUUGCAGGUCAAAUUCGAUUUUUGGGGCAAGCUGCCCUGGCGCCUGGCUGCGUUGGCGCAUGAGGAUGUUGGAGUGGCAAGGGCCGCUGCGUGUGACAUGCUGUUGAAACGUGAUGGGUUGGAUGUGGCCGACCCAAGCCUUGUGCACCACCCAGUGACCUUGCGGUUUUUACAUGAUUCAAGUCCUUUGCGAGGCAUGCUCCAGUCUUUUUCGGAAGGUGGUCCCAUGAGUGAUGUUUUGCGCACCGAGGUGUCCAAGCUAGCUUUCAUGCCCGUAGUAGAACGCAGCAUUGAGGCCAAGCAUUCUUUGAUCAGUCGCAGGGUGCAGAAACAUUGGAGGUCAGGCCGCAUUGUAAGCUUGACUCUGCGGGUUCCAGAUAUCAAAGCAGAGAUGGCCAGGGAUGCCGCUUUUUUUCAGGAGCUGACUCAGGCGUUUGCACUCUCUCGAGAUCCUGUGAAGGCUGCGCAGCAACUAGGGGUUCAUGAGCAUCCAGCUUUGGUGUCUGCGUGUUUCGCUCACACCCACAAGGCCAGCAGGGUAGGCAUUUUGAACCGCAUCGUGUAUCGUUGCGACCUGGAGUCCAAGUUCGAGGCUCACUCUCAGGCGCGAGCAGAGCAUGAACAAGUGGGUGCCUUUCCUGAUUCCAAUGCUUGCUGUGAAGUCGCGUGUGAGGAUGAGCAAACACCAGCACAGUGGGUGGAGCUUGAGUCAGCAAGUUUGGUCAAAGGCGUUUUGAUGUCAGGGUCUGGAGGGGUCAAGCGUUACACAUUGACACAAGUUGCAGUCGCAUCCCUUCAAGUUUGUGUUGAGUUGGUUGAGCCAAGACUUGUGUGUGAGCCACGUACGCAUUGGGCCCUUCAGGAUUGCACCACCUACGAACUUGUCAGGAAACUUGAUGCAGCAGGUUGGAGUUGGGAGCGUUUGCCAGCUUCUUCCGAGAAGAAACAGGCGCUGUGCUACUCAGUGGAGAGUGAGAGAAAGGUUUGGUACUCCGGCAAAGGUCUUCCACAUCCCUUGUAUUUGCAGUGCUUGCUUGAGGCAGAGAGGCUUGCUGGUCUUGGCGUUGUAUCUAUCCCGCACUGGAGCAGCAAACCUGCUGCUCUGUACAGGAAGCUUUUGGAAGGUGUUCAAGCGGUCCGUUCGCAACCUCGCCCGCGCUUGGUGUUACAAGAUGAUGUUGAUGAAGGGGAAGGGGUCGCAGCGUUGCUUGAUGCGCCAGAUGUGUUGGUAGAUGAGCGUGAGUCAGUUGAAGACGCAGUGCCGGAUGAUGCCCAGGAAGAUGUCGAGUCAGCGCCUCCUGACGGCACUCGUGAUGAACAGAUACAAGAGUUGCUUGCCUUGUUUGAAGAAGAUGAGGAGGUGGGAGGAGCCAAUGAUGAUGAUGAGGCUCUUGCAGUUGCUGAGAGGGUGCCGUUGCAACUUGAGGUUGUUGAGUCGGUCCGUGCUUCCGCCAGUCAUGUUGUUGCGCCGCCAGUGUUGGGCAUGGAGCCUGCGACAGGUGCUGAGUCUGUGCCACCACCUGAGCCUGUGCCAGGCAGGCGUCGUGCCAGCAGCGUUUUGGUGCAGCCAGGACAUGUGACUGUAAACCGUCAGCGGCAUCAUGUGGGCAUGAAGUUGUUGCCUCAUGCGACAGUCGCAGAGUUGUCCAUGGAAGUGCUAGAGUCCCAGCGCAUUGAUGAGGGCCCAAGCCAACCUGUUGUUCCUGAUGAUGAGCUGGACAAGGGGGCCCCAGUCGUUAGCAGGCGAGUGACAGGCAAGCGCGCAGCUCAGACCACUGCAUUGGGUUGGGCGCUUGGCUCAUGUUUGGGUGGGUUGGGGGUGGGCGGCUCGACCGGCUCGACCGUGCUCGACUCUUGCUCGACCGUCGCUGGGGGUGGGCUCGACCGGCUCGACCGUGGCUGCGGGGUGGGCUCGACCGGCUCGACCGUGCUCGAUGCUUUGCUCGAUCUGGCUUUUUUGCCGAUUGUUGCAGAGAAGAUGCUUGAGAGCUACAAGGUCGCGUGCAAGCAGUGGUGUGCCGGCAACAAGGUUGGCAAGGUUAAAUGGUCCUUCACUCAGUACAAGGAGUCAAUUGAAGCUUCUUCUGGAGUUCGCCUGUCGGAGAACCAGCAGAUGAUGUGGGAACGCCAGGCAGUCUUGUUCUGGCAAAGUGUAGAUGGAGGUGCCUCGACUGAGGAGGAGGCCCAGGACAAAUGGAACCGCAUGGCUGCGAGGGUUGGAGACCCUGAUGUCAUCUACGAUGAGAAGGGGCCCAAGCGCAAGCCCUUGCGAAUAGCGGUCACUCGGGAGGACAUGGUGUACAACUACAACGAUGUUUCCAAAAAACGUCAGCUGGAAUUUCAGGACAAGGCGAACAAGAAGAGUGAUGAUGCUUCAAUCAGCAAAGCAGUCAAGCGUGUCCUCAGCAACCAUGACAACAUUGGCAGUAGUGCUGGAGGGCCUUUCCUGCCUGGCGCAGACGAGCUGAGCCAGAUGAUGGUAAAGGGAGGGGCUGGCAGUGCGUUUGAUGCUGCCAAUAUCGCCGUGGGCAAUGUGAAGAACCUGCUCCCCGAUGAUGUUGACAUGAGCGACAAUGAGAAGGGCGGCAGCAAAGACCUUGAUGAGAAUGACAAGGCCGAGAAGGGUGCGUCCGAGGAUGAGGAGAAGGAGAAGGACAAGGACAGCUCCAAGUGGUUUGACAAGGACCGUGCAGUCAAUGCUGCAAUGAAGGCCAUGGAAGCGCAGCAGCAAAAACUCCUGUCUGCGCAUGGUGUCAAGGCCGUGCUGAACGACAUCAAGAAGGUGGGCAACCUGCUCACAAAGGAGAAGAGCAAGGCCGCAGCCACAAAGGCUAAACCCGGUAAGAAAGAUGUCUCCAAGAAUGUUGGCCUGCAGCAUGUCAUCUUCGAGCAGGUGGGUGACUUGUGCUCAAAGAUUGCCCACGUGGAGGAAGACAAGAUCAAGGAUAUGGCGUUGGAUGCCCCAUGCGUCGUGAGAUUCGACAAUGAGAAGUUGCCCACGCUGUGGCCACCCGAAGCGAAGCUUGCUGUAGGUCAGCUCAAGAAGCUCUUCAAGCAGCAAGGUUCCACAUCGCGAGCGGAGGUUGGACUCGACCUCUCCAUAAUCCAGGCCAUCGGCAAGGACCUGCAAGGCAUGCUACCUGAGAGCGCGAAGCUUUACAUGGGGUUUGUGGCUGCAGUGGCCACAGACAGCAAAGCCCUCUCCUUGCUGUUGCACAAGAACCUCGUGACCACUGCCUUCGUUGUUGCUCCAAACUAUGCCACUUUUGCCGUAGAGAAGAAUUUCCUUCCUUGCUUGCGCAUGGCGUCCGAGGGUGUGCGCAUGGUGGUGUUGCUGCCCUACGAGAAAGUGGCUGCGUUUCUUGGUGGCAUAGGUGGAGCUCAGCAAGCCACCUCUGACUUCGUGGAUGCCAAGACCAAACAGAGUGUGACCCAGUUCCUGAAGUUUUGCAGCGCUGAGAAGUUGAAGGAAUUGAUUGAGGUCCAAGCUUGCCCCUGCUUCGCAGGCUCAGUGCAUCCAACUGAGGCUCUUUAUGUUCCAGCCGGCUGGGUUUUCGCUGAGUUGACGAAGGCGGAUGUGUCCCUCGGCAUCAAGAUGCCCUUGCUUGUGAAUUCCAAAGCCGCAACGAGCUUCUUUGAGAGAGUGCAGACCUCGGGCGCUGACGCCAUGAGCGACCUGGGCCAACUUGCCGCCGGCUACUUGCAGGUCAUAAAGAAAGAGAAUGAGCGUGCACAGGCUGAGCCCUCAAAGGAGGAGAGGCCUGAGGAAGCCGCAGCAAAGUAG